AUGUCAUGUGGUAUAGACAAGUCUCGAGUUAAGCAUGUGUAUGAGGGAGUGGCGCGGAUCGAGACCUACCCUUGGCUUGGGAUUUUAUAUUAUCCUUACAGUCAUAAGAAAAGAUUUACAACUGCCGUGGUUUUGGUGACGAAACAGGUCGCACUAGCAACGGCUUCUGAAAUCGACAAAUUGCCGAAAUACGAUUUUAGGUCGAAAGCUAAAGUUGUACUAGGCUACAACUGCAGCGCUCCCGGUAUCGGUAUACGAGACUACUCCUAUCACCCGGACUUCGCUAAGGAUACGUUCAGUACACUUGCCAUGAUACAACUGGAAACAGAUCACAUACAUGGAAUUGAAUUGCGUCCUAUUUGCCGACCGCCAUCACAUUUCACCGACCAACAGUUCUUUGCCAUGGUUUUAUCUGAUAAUUGUUUGAACUCUCAAGUAAGAAUAUACAAGAUGAAAUACGUUUCGCCCUCAGCUUGCAAGUCCUAUUACAGAAGGACUGGUCUUGACAUAGACUCCAUAUGGCCAUCACACACGGCAUGUGCUCGGAGCGCGCGCGGGGGGCGCUGUGUGUGGCGCAGCGGAGCUAUCCUUGUCGUGAAAGUGGGCAUGAGGUGGAGAUUGCUAGGCUUUGGAGUAUACGGCCCUGGCUGUCAGGCUCCAGCCAGAUUCCUGGACUACGGCAUGUACCAUACUUGGGUGCGAAGGAGCAUCGAGAAGAUCGGAACUCCAACAGUCACUACUUUGGCGUCAAAUCACGUCAUCUUGAGAAGAAGUAAGAACCACUUUUCCUUUUUUAUUUGAAUAAGAGUGAGAUGUUUACUUUAUAGUCU